CCGGUACAGGAAGUCACGUGUCAAGACUCGAGUCUCGUUUUGCACGCUGUCCCCUCAGAAGCAUGAACUACGCCCGCUUCCUGACGGCUGUGAGCGCGGCGAGGAAGCCGUCUCCUAUCCGCUUGCUGACGGAGCUCCAGCAGCGCUCUCCCCCGUCUCUGAUCUCUCUGGCCGGAGGAGCGCCGAAUCCCGACACCUUCCCGUUCCUGGCGGCCUGCGUUCAAGUGAAGGGAGGAGACGCCGUGGUGCUGGACGAGCCGCUGAUGAAGAGAGCGCUGCAGUACUCCGGCUCUUACGGUGUUCCUGAGCUGCUCUCGUGGAUGAAGGACCUUCAGAAGAGCCUCCACAGUCCUCCCACCGCCGGAUACAGUCCAGAGAGGGGACAGAUGGAGAUGUGUGUCACCACCGGCAGUCAGGAGGGGCUCUGCAAAAUAUUUGAGAUGCUGGUCGGCUCCGGAGAUAACGUGCUCCUCGACGCUCCCACUUACUCAGGAACACUGGCCGCCCUGCAGCCUCUGGGCUGUAACAUCAUUAACGUGGCGAGUGAUCAUCACGGCAUCAUCCCUGCGCACCUGAGGACGCUCCUGGGCUGGGGACAGCCAGUGCGAACGCACAAACCAGCGACCGGGGCCCCAAAAGUCCUCUACACCAUCCCCAACGGGGGCAACCCCACCGGAGCCUCCAUGACCGCCGAGAGGAAACAGGAAGUCUACGAGCUUGCCAGGAAAUAUGAUUUGCUCAUCAUCGAGGACGACCCAUAUUAUUUCUUACAGUUCCAGAAACCGUGGGCUCCCACCUUUCUGUCCCUGGAUGUAGACGGACGAGUCCUGAGGACAGAUUCCUUCUCUAAGAUCCUGUCUUCUGGGUUAAGGAUGGGGUUUGUCACCGGACCGAAGCCGCUGGUGGACCGUGUGGUGCUGCACAUCCAGGCCUCUACGAUGCACACCAGCUCCUUCACUCAGCUCAUGGUGUCUCAGCUGCUUCACAGCUGGGGUCCAGAAGGUUUUCUCAAGCACAUCGACGGGGUGAUCAAGUUUUACAGAUCUCAACGAAACGCCAUGCUCUCCUCGGCAGAGAAAUGGCUCAAAGAUGUAGCUGAAUGGCAUCCUCCCAUGGCCGGCAUGUUCCUGUGGAUUAAACUCAAGGGCGUCGAAGACACGCAGCAGCUGAUAAUGGAGAAGGCGUUGGAGAAAGAGGUUCUUCUGGUGCCUGGAGGAGUGUUCAACAUCAACAGCUCAGAUCCGUGUCCGUAUGUUAGAGCCGCCUUUUCUCUCUCCACACCUCAACAGAUCGACGAGGCUUUCAGGAGACUGGCCGAUCUCAUUAAGGACGCCGUGUGAGCAGCUGAUUCCAGGAAGAGGAAUCAAGGGUCUGCUAUUUUUCAUCUUCAGUAUCCUGUAUUUAACGCUGCUGUCACGUAGACAAAAUGAUUUUUGCCCAACAAAGCCGUAAUUUCACCUUUCACGUGGGAAAAACCUCAAACGACGUUUAAUGACACCAUUUUAUACCAUUUGCUUUUUUUUUUAGGAGUGUUAAAGCAAUUGAUCGUGCUUUUAAUAUUGGUUUACAGUGCAGUUACAGCCGAUGUCUACGGGGAGACUUUUUAUGUGAUUUUAAUAGUGGUUUAGUUUUGUAAAAUGUUUAACCAAACAAACACAAAGGUCAAGUUGGAUGUAUUUUAUUGCAAUGGUCCGGUAGAGUCUUUCUUAACGGGCGAUGACUAGUUAGCUGCUAUUAACUUGAGCUGUUUUGAACACUAAUGAGUAGUGAUGUACUGGUAGAAGCUUUUAAAACGGCAUUAGACUAAUUAUCACCGACUGUAGGGUUUCAUUUCUGCAAUAACUCGAAUCCAUCCGUUUUUUCAUAGUGCGGGAAUGCAAUAUUUGGAUUUUUUUGUUUCGAUCUCGCUUUCGGAACAAAUAUUAGCGCAAAAAUACAAUUGCGAUGGUUUAACUUUGGCUUUCUGGAAACGUGAGAACGGUCUUAUUUUUCUGUGUAUAAUGUCUUUGUGCAUGCCGGUCCAUUUGGGAGGGAGACGGUUCAAUUAACCAAUAAAUAAACUCCGUUGUUGUAUUUAAAGCUGUUUCUCAAUUAGCUUUGUGCAUUUACUAAAUCUUUGCCUUAUUUAAUGGACCACCAAUAAAUGUAAUUGUCAUUUACUGUUGAAUUUUGAAUGUUGGCAACCAUAUUACAGACAAUAAAAUACUAUUUAAGUCAA